GAGUUGCCUGAUGGAGGACUUAUUCGCCAGGAAGAAUCCCGCCUCUCCUUCUCAAUGCCAGUGAUCAAUAUAAUCGGAAGAGUUCUGUUACUGAACUUGAAACACCUCUGAUUAGCUGCAAAGAAAUCACUCGGGCACAGGAUGACUGGGAUGUGGAAGAAUUUAUCUCAAAAACCUGCAUGGGCAGGUUCCUGCAUCAUUCCACUUUCAAGAUUCUGUUAGCGACCGUUGUAAUUGGCAACGCCAUCGUCAUUGCUCUCCGAACGGAGCCUGUGCUGGAAGAUAAAUACUUUGGCUUAUUCAAUGCCGUUGACACGAUUGUGCUGUCUUUUCUGAUCUGCGAGGUCAUCCUCAACUGGUACUAUGGAUUUGAUUUGUAUUGGAAGGACGGCUGGAAUAUCAUAAAUUUUUGUAUUGUGUUGUACCUAUGCAUUGGCUUGGUCAUUCCUUUAUUGGAGAAUGAGACACUUUUUCGAAUGGUCAGAGUCACGAGGCUGAUACAAGUGUGUAGCUUGGUUAGUGGUUUGGCCAGGAUGAUACAGGUGAUCCUGCAGUCCAUUCCUGACAUGGCAAAUAUCAUGAUCCUACUUUUUGCCAUCAUGCUGGUCUUCUCUGUGUUUGGAGUGACUCUCUUUGGCACCCUUGUUCCAAAGCAUUUUGGGAACCUGGGAACGGCUCUAUAUUCUCUUUUCAUCUGCAUCACCCAGGAUGGAUGGAUUAAUAUUUAUAAUGAUUUCGAAACUGAAGGCCUGGCCUUGGAGAUAGGUGGGGCCCUCUACUUCUUUAUCUUCAUCACCUUUGGGGCUUUCAUCUUUGCAAAUCUGCUGGUGGCUGUGGUGACAACCAACUUGGAACAAUCUAUGACUGCGUAUCAAGAGAAGCAGCAGUUGAAAACUAAUUUACCAUCCCUUGGAAGCUUCGCUGGAUUUGAAGAUGGCACCGAUGAUGACUUCACCACAUCCCAAUCAGAAGCGUUGCAUAUAAAGGAAGUAAUUCAGGCAACACCCAUGGUCCAUCACCAGGAGUUGCUCAGCCUUGGCAAUUUGGGCAGCUUGAAUGAGACAACUUGUGAAGAUCUUUGCCUCGUCCUGGAAGCUAUCCACGAGAACUUAAAGGAAUAUCAGAUGAUCAGGGAUGAACUGGACCACAUAGUCCAGGAGGUGAGGUCCCUCAAGUUCAAUGUCGAUCACGAGCAGGAGAUUGUUCUACGAAACAUCCGCGGGGCAAACAUUUCAGAAACGAUGAUUGCCAACCAAACCAUUUAUGCAAAGACUGGGGAUGUUCUCUCAACGCUGAUGAAUCUGGAGAAGUCACACUUACUUGAGAGAGAGUACCAGAAAGGAGAGGUAAAAUCAGCAGCCAUGAGAGCCUUACGACAGUCCGCAAUGGAUGAAACUGAAAUAUUAGGCCGCCGACAAACUUUGCCAGCAAAAUUUGAUAAACAACAAAAGAGCUCGCUAUCAGAAAGCCAACCAGAAAAGUUUCAGACUCGUCGAAUAACUUUGUCUGGAGGAAUUGCUCACCAAGAUCCCUUACUGCAGUCAGACUUGACUGAAUCGGAUUCUGGCCAAAACUAUGGAAGGAGCGUGCCUCCUCCCUCUAGAGAUUCUACAGAUCAAAGCCAGAAGUAUCCAGACAGCACGCCUGGAAGUAGUGAAGACAAGAGUCAGGGAAGAGGGAAGAAUCACUAGCAAGCAAUCCAGACCAGAAGCACUGAGUGACCCAGUGUCCUGGAAAAACUGGAGUUCGAGAGGAGAUACAUCUUUAACGAAGACCUCGAUUUAUAGUGUUAUUUCAGUUUCGUUGAAUUGCUUUGUUCUGAUUUAUCUGAACUAACUUGCAAAUAGCCUUAACAGCUAAAAAUACAUUUAUUAUAAAAAUGCUUCAUUUCUUCCAACCA